AUGGCGUCUGAAAACACAUCUCGCAAGUCAUCUUUAAGAAAAUUUCAAGCAGCAGCGACAACCGUUCAGCGGAAUACACAGUACACUAGGAAAUUUACUCAGUUGGUUGGUGAGAGGGAAACACUUCAUAGGAAAACUUUUACAAAAUGGGUAAACGCAAGACUCGCUCAGCACGAUCCUCCCAUGGAAAUCAAAGAUGUUGUGAUAGAUUUUAUGGACGGGAAGAUGUUGCUGAACAUGAUGGAGGUUCUUUGUAACACAAAAUUGAAAAAAGAGAAAGGAAACUUGCGUGUCCAUAAGUUGAACAAUGUUGAACAAGCUAUGAAAUUGCUGGAGAAGCAGAAGGUUAAACUGGUUGGAAUCAAUGCCUUCGACAUUGUGGAUGGAAAACCUCGUGUAAUUCUUGGUCUUAUGUGGAGUGUAAUUCUUAGAUUCCAAGUCCAAGAGGUUAUGCAGGAAACGGUAACGGAGGAGACAGCGAAAUCAUUCAAUGUCGAAAAGAAACUUCUUGAUUGGUGCAAAGAACGCUUGAAAGGGUAUGAGGAAUACGUCACUAUCUCUGAUUUUUCUUCAAGCUGGAGGGAUGGCCUGGCAUUCAACGCUCUUGUUCAUUCAUACGGACCUGGAUUGUUUGACUUUAAUGCCAUCGCGCAGUCAUCAACUCGAACCAGACUGGACAACUCCUUUAAGAUGGCAGAGAAGCACUUCGGAGUUCCACGCUACUUAGACUCGACAGAUAUUGACGUUGAAAAGCCGGACAAGAAGCUAAUUAUCAUGUACUUAACUGAGAUGUAUAACUAUCUUGAGGGAAACAAGGCCAAAGAAAGGAACGUUUCGGUAAUGAUGGAGAAUCCUUGCAUAGUCGAUAACGUGGAAGCUGUGGAGGGAGCCUUGAACGACAGCUUUGAUAAUUUGGACUCUAAACCAGCCUUCAGCCAAUCAGAACACGAUAAAGCAGUUGCAGAUCUUGGCAAGAAAUUGAAUGAGGUGGAAAGUGGAUUGUCUGACGCGGAGCAUACCAAACCAGUUUACGAUGAAAAUGAUUCAGUUAAUUUGGAGGAAGUAACUAAACAGCUGGAGGAACAAAAGAAAUUUCGUCAAGACCUCGAGCCACUUAAGUCUCACACUUAUGAAGUUUUGAAUGAAGGACGGUCCAUGAUAGGGGAAGGAUACUUUGAUUUAGGUGAAAAGGAGCACUUCCAAGACCGGAUGGAUAAUGUCGAUAAAAGGUUGCAAAACCUUCUAGAGCAAUCUAAGAGAGAUCAGGACAAGCUUUCACAGCAGAGAUCUGUUCUUUUGAAACAACAAUUAAACAAAAUGACCAUAUGGUUGAAAAAGGCCGAGCAAAAAAAAGACACAGGAGACGACAUUGGCCCUACCUACGAAACUGUUAAAGAGCAGUUGGAGGAACAUCAGAAAUUUCAAGAGGGAGUUGGUGACAUGUCUUUAGUGGCUUCAGUACUAAGGAGUGAUUUAACCGACCCAGAUUUGGAUGACAAAACUCGAGAACAAAUCAAAAAUGUGAACGAAAAGUGGGCGACGGCCUGGAACUGGAGUGAGGAUCGAAACCAGAAGCUAACCAAAGCAAUGAUCGAUUGGCAGAAGUUUCGAGAUGAAGAACUUAUACUUCUAAACUGGCUCAGCCAGAAAGAAAAAACUCUCAAAGAAGUAUCGAACACUGAUGUUGCCGACGAACAACAAGUUAAGGAAAGCCUUGAACUUCUCGAGGCAACUCAAAAGGAGCUUGAGGAACAGGAGGAAAGACUGCAAAGGCUCCGCCAACUGGGGAAAGACCUCAUUGAGGAUUCUGGUCGCGACGAAGAAACAACCAAGGAAAUUGAAGCCCAGUUACAAGACUUUGACGACUGCUGGAAUCAUGUUGCCAAGAGAGUCAUUGAUGAGAAAGAAAAGUUGAUAAAUACUCAAAACAAAAUGAAGGAGAUGUAUGACCUAGUGGAUUCUGUAAAUCAGUGGGUGGAUGACGGUCAAGCAUUGAUAAAUGGAUACAAAGAAGAUUUGCCUUCUGACGAGCAAGAGAAUCUUAAGAAAAGAGCUCAGAUUAAACUAGAGGAAAAGACAGCUAUGCAAGUCAAAGUAGAUCGUGUCAACCGGCUUGGAAAAGACGUAUGUGAAAUUCUUGACGGACCUUCACAGAAAGCCGUCAAAGGAGAACUGCAACAAUUCAAUGACCGCUGGCAGGAUGUGUGUGCAGCAUUGGAAAGCUACAACGACAAAGGAUACCCAGAUGUUAAUGGAAAUGAGUGCUGUAUUGUCAGAAUCAUCAAAAGAAAGGUUAAAUCUCUCUCAUAGAAUGAUAAAGAAAGCUAAAGCUAAUGGAUAGCUGCAGCAAUUUAAUCACAUUAGGUUAGAUUAAGAAAAUUAUAUGGAGCAUCAUCGGAUAGAAUGUAAACUUGAACAACCGUAAUGCAAUUUUUCUCAGUGUGAAACAGAUGUUAGUCAAUUGAAAAAUGCAGAAAAUAUACAGUAGCAAAAUUCCGACAAAAAUUUAGGAAAACGAAUUACGGGAAAGGGGAAACGUGUUCUCUCAGACCUUCAUCACGGGAUGGACAUGAUGAGUCACUAGGAAUGAAAAAGCUUUGUUCUAGCGCGUUUAGCCUCGUAGAGGAAAAUCAUUUAAAUUUGUUCAAAAGUUUAAAAGGGUCAACGGGUGAAAAGGGCCUUCUUUCCCUGAACCGCAUAAUAUAACAUGGAUAAACAGAACUCUGGGAAACGAAACUGUGACCCUGAUUUGUUUUACCUUUCAACGACACUAAGAUUCAAAUGCAUGUAGGCAGGGCUUCAUAGUCAUGUGUGAGGGAGUAAGUUGCAAUGUCAGCUAAUAUAAUCACAAGUGUCUCUGUCUCAUUAUACUGAAAGAGUUGUUUCAGUAAAUGGAUUCAAAAGAUGUAUAGAUACGCCACGCAUUUGUUUGUUUCUAAUUAAAUAUGGGAUAAUAAGAAUAUACAGAUGUAUACGCCUUAAAUGCUAAAAUUGAUUAAUCUUAUUGAAAACAUCGCAGGGCCGCUGCACAGACAAUUGCGUUAAAAGCAUGGAGCUAAUCAAACGGUUGUAACAAUCCAAUUUUGAGCGAAUAAAAGGUUUCUUUAUUGUAUCAUA